GACCUGAGCCUGCAGCUUGAAAAAAAUGACUAUUUGGUGCAACACGUGCAGAUGUCAUGUCACUUACCCGUGCACCUCUCAUCCUCAGCACGCGGAUCAGCGCAGCUCCUUCUGCAGGAGGUUCAGAUCCACCAAAGGAGCGUCCAAAGCCCGACGGGACCAAAUCAAUCAUGAGAUCAGGAGCAUGCGCGCUCUGCUGCCCAUCACCCAGGAGGACCAGGAGCGUCUCUCCUACUUACACUCCAUGGCCGCCAUCUGUGCCUACAUCCGGAAGUCUGUUCUCCUCCAGGGACUCCCAGCUGGAGUGAGAUCACACUGCUCGGUGCCACACGAGGCCUUCCUUCCAGCUAUGCACGGCUUCAUCCUGGUCACUACUGCACAGGGGAGUCUGGUCUACGUGUCACAAAAUGCAUCUGAAUAUCUCGGUCUUUCCAUGAUAGAUGUGCUCCAAGGAGACACUUUGUAUGACAUGGUUGAACCCUCUGACAUUCAUGUUGUUAAAUCUAACCUGGACAUUGACAGCAACUCAUCCACAGAGAGGAGCUUUAUAUGUUGUAUGCAAACCUCCAAGGCCUUCAAGCUGCAGCAGGGCAGCUGCUGCUCCAUGCUAGUGAGAGGGAGCUUCCAGUCUGUCCCUCAGCCUUACCCUUCCUCCUCUUCAGCCUGUCCCACCAGCCAGCCUCUGUUUGUGACCCUCUGCACCCCCACAGUCGACCGCCUAAAGAGCUGUGACUCCAGCUUCUGCCAGAGCUUCAACAGUGUGCACAGACUGGAUAUGACUUUCACUCAGCUAUCGGACAGUGUUCUGUAUUUUUUGGGGUAUUCAGCAGAAGAAAUGAUCAGUCGAUCGUGGUACAGCCUCAUCCACCCUGAAGAUGUUUCUUCGAGUGCAGCUUGUCAUAAAAGUUUAAUGCAGGCAGACGAGGGCUUCCAGGUAGAGGUGGUGCUCAGACUUCAGUGCAAGGAUCUGUCCUGGACCUGGAUCUACAUCCGAGCUAACAAGGACUCUGAGAGCCAGACUGUGAGCUGCACAAACUUCAUCAUCAGUGAAACAGAGGCUAGAUUUCUUCAGGAGAAAAUCAGCGGUGAUGCCUUCAGGCCCUCCUCCCAGCAGGCGCCCCACGCUCAGAGCCCCAAUCCAAAGUGCUUUAAAAGGCAGAGGACGUCUAACAGCCAAAGUGAGGAGCCAGGUGCCAAAGUGAGGAGGGAGUCAGAGGAAGACGUUUACUAUGUGGCGUGCGCUUACUCCCAAGGCUCCCCUGUUCCCCUGGGUGACAGUCCUUCUCUCUUCACCCCCCCCUACAGCCCGGCCUCCUCCGGCUCCCCGCUGCAGCAGGAGGAGCUCAGCCGUGACCUCCUGAUGGAUGUGCAUGGAUACUCAGAUCAGCUGCUGUCCUCCCCUGAGUGCUCUCCCUCCUAUUACUCCUACCCAGAGGCACAGCUCACCUGUCACCAAUCCCCCACCGACUCCCUCCCCGCAUCCACUGAACACACCUUCGACCAGGCAGCCUUCGGCGCUCGCUCCCCGCUCCCCUCCUCGUCUCCCACCUAUGAUUACCAAGCGUGUACGGCCGAGGCUCGAUUAGUUCCAGACUGCCUGUCUGUGUCGGACAUGUGUGAAGGCUCAGUGGACUGUGCUCUGCAUCAAGAUGACUUUUGCCUCCUCGAGCAGCCACAGGGGGGCGGCAUGGUCCAGGUGCAUCAUGUCCCUCAACACGUGUUGCCCACACAUUCUGGCCUUCUCACCCCCAACCAGUCUCCCACGUCCACAGAGCCUAACCAUUACAAUGAGAGGGAGCAGGAAGAGAUCAGUAUUCUGGCUCAGCAGAUUUCUUCCUUAGCCAGCAGCUUUUCCAUGUAUCAAAGCCCGAACCCGCUUCAAAUUGUGGCUCAACCUUCAGUUGCUGACACCCUGCCCUCCUCCUGCGACUGGCACUGUACUCUCCCCUCAGACAUUCCUCUGAAGCGCGAGAUGGUCCUGGAUGUCGCUGUGUUUGACAGCAUCUUAAAAGACCUGGACAUGGUCCCAACAAAAAGCACCACGUCUGGCCCUGGGGUUGUCCCGUACAACUACCAGCAGGGCCUGUUGCAUUGCAGGAGUGAGCCCCAUCAGCUGGUGCAGGGGCCCCUCUGUGUCUCCUCAAAUAUCGCAGAGGACCCCCUGCCUGCAGAGCAGUUCGCUGCCAUGGAUCCCUACAGUUUGCAGUUGGGACGCCAUGACCAACACACUGGGUUGCAUCAACUCAAUCACUAUAUGCAGAGUGCACUUCAGCAAGAUGGACUUACUGAGGAAAACCUGUACUGAAAUAAGUCUGUGACUUACUGCACUACCACUUGUAUGACAUAUUGUCAGGGCUGGAUUCGAAGAUGAAUGCGACGGAAGACAUUUAAAGGACAUCUUUGCUGGGACACUGUUUCCUCAAAGGACUACUUUCUGAAUUUAGAAAAGCGUCUGAAGUAGAUCAUGCGCUUUUCAACACUGCAGCUUUGUCUUCAUUUCUCCACACUGCUGUCGACUGUGUUUUAUGUUGUGCUGAUGUCUCACAUUUUAUGAGAAAGGUACUUUUUAAUAAUGUGCCUGACAACGCUUACAUGCUGAAAUGGAGGUAUAUUUUUCUUCUAAUGCUGAGUGACCACAGUUUACUAUCGAGCACUUUAUCAAUGUCAUUGCCAAAUUAAUUUUAUAAAUAUGAAGGUAUGCUGAUUUAAAGGACUAUUAUUGAUUGGAGUUAGGUGCCUUAAAAUAUGUAGCUUGAUGACUAUGACAUUAAUGCUUUUAUGCUGUUAUGAAUACAUAAAAAAAGAUAAUGAUGAUUUUUACACAUUACACCUACCUCAAUGGUACAUCUAAACACAAUCCAAGUGUGAAUUUCAUUAUUAAAUUCUAUUUAUUUUGACAACAUUUUUACUCUCGCUUAAUAGUUUUUUAUUCAUUCCACUGAUGUUUUUUCACGGCACUGGUACACCGUGUUAUUACUGCAAUUUGCUUGAAAUGUGUAAUGUAAAUAAAACAAAUGAAAAAUGAA